GCUACGCCCGCAUCCUGCUGGCCGCCGUCUCCUUCUGGCUGAUGCCGACGCGGCCGGGGCCGGCGGCCGCCUGCUACGGAGCGGCCGCGCUGCUGGACGCCGUGGACGGGCACGCGGCGCGGGCGCUGGGCCAGGUUCCAAACUGGGAAUGCCCCAGUUUGCCGCUGCUCUUCGCGCUCUGCGCCGGCAAUGAGGGAUUCCACUGCUGCCUCUACCUGCUGCACUGGGGGGAGGGGCCCGCAGCGUUCUCGGGGUUUUAA